AUGGUGUUCGCCGUGGGUGCGUCCAAGCCCCUCGUGUGGGCCGGGGCGCGCACCAGGCCCCAGCGGGCGCGUCCCAGGACGGCAGCACCCGCUGUGCCUCGUUCCGUCCGCUGUCGAGCAGCUGCCGGGGAGGGCGAUGCAGCGCAGGCGGCGUCGGUCGCGGACGUGGCGAUGCCGCAGGGGCGCGUCACUGACGGGGGGUCGGAGCCGGGGGCGCCGCUUCCUGGGGAGGAGGUUGUGCGGUGGACGGAGUACGGGGCGCCCAUCUACGAGGGCUACUACGAGUGGAAGAACGGGUGGCGCAUCCGGUACCAGCGGUCGGGCGACUCGGGCCCCCCGGUGCUGCUUGUGCACGGGUUUGGCGGCAACUGCGACCACUGGCGGAAGAACACCGGCGAGCUCGGCAAGGCCGGCUGCCGCGCGUUCUCCAUCGACCUCCUCGGGUACGGGUACUCCUCGAAGCCGUCGCCGAAGAACGCGGAGCCCAACUCGAUCUACUGUUUCGAGAACUGGUCGGAGCAGCUCCGGCACUUCAUCGAGACCAAGAUCGGGGAGCCCACGGCGGUGGUGUGCAACAGCGUCGGAGGCAUCGCCGGGCUGCAGGCGGCCGUCGACGACCCCUCCCUCGUCACCUCCGUCGCCGUGCUCAACAUCUCGCUGCGCAUGCUCCACGUGUCCAAGCAGGCGCCGCUCUCGCGCCCGUUCGUCGCCGCGUUCCAGCGCGUCCUGCGCGAGACGGACAUCGGCAAAGCCUUCUUCGGGAGCGUCGCCCAGCCCCGCACUGUCGGCAACAUCCUCCGGCAGGCCUACCACGACCCCGCGACCGUCACCGACGAGCUCGUUGACUGCAUCCUCAAGCCGGGCCUCCAGGACGGCGCCGUCGACGUGUUCCUCGACUUCAUCAGUUAUUCGGGCGGCCCGUUGCCGGAAGACUUGCUGCGCGAGGUGCCAGUGCCGACGGUGGUGGUGUGGGGCGACAAGGACCCGUGGGAGAAGGUGGAGUGGGGCCGGGAGUUCGAGGCGUACCCGACCGUGAAGGAGUACAUCGAGCUUCCUGGCGUAGGGCACUGCCCGCAGGACGAGCGGCCGGACCUGGUCAACCCCGUGCUCCUGGACUUCGUCGGAAAGUACCACCGGCCCGUCGCGUCGGGGUGA